AUGCGUGCCACCACCACCAUCCUCUUCAUCGCUUCCCUCGCCUCCACCGCCUUCGGUGCUGCGACCAAGAUGUUUGACGACGAGAACUGCCAAAAUGAAGUCGACAAAAAGGUCUUUAACGGCUUCUCCACCGGUGACGCUCCCCUCACCGACAACAUCAAGUCCAUCCGCACCGACUCCCGCGUCGACACCUGGUUUGCCUACCAGCGCAACGACGGCGAGGGGUGCAAGGGCGACCUCAUCACCAGAGUCAACAACGGUGAUUGCAUCAAGGUUUCUGACUUGGGCAUUGGGUGCACGCGGUUGUGUGCCAGUGGUUUGGGUGCUGGCAGCUGUGUUGCUACCACUAUCCCUUAA